AGGAAAUGAAGAAGCCAUGUAUUGAAGCAGAUUUGAUUCUAACACUGAUACCUUUGCUGGAGAGCACAGACCAAGAAAUGCUGCUCCAUGCUGGGAGGGCCAUCGGCCGUAUCUGCUACGAUAAUCGUGCCCUUCAGGAAGAGCUGGUGAGGGUUGGAGUAAUCCCAUCACUGGUCCGAAUACUGACUGACUAUGCAGAGAGCGAACCACUUGUCCACGUUGCUCUGUUGGCCUUGUACAACUUGGCAGACCUUGAUUCAGCCAAGGAAGCUCUAAGCAUGACAAAAGUUGCUGAACAGCUGGUGAAACAACUGAGGAGAGCAGAGAGCCAUGAGAGGUUAGAAAUUGUGUUUGAGGUCCUGCAAGCACUUGCAGAAAAUGAUGCUCUGAAGGUGCAGUUGGUGGAUGCAGGUGUGCCAGAGGUGCUGUCUGAGAUCCUGCUGAGGCUCCAAGGCAGUUCUCAAGCUGAAGAUACAUGCAUUGUGAAAGCUGCAUCGGAUCUCAUCGUCUCUCUGCUUCUUGGAGAUGGCAACUGCCUGCGAAUGUUCCAGCUGGGAGUCAUCCACCAGCUCCUGGAUCUUCUGGAGAAACACAUGCAGAGCAGGGACACCUCUGUGCAGCAGGCUGCCCUCAGUGCACUGCAGAACCUCGCCGUCCCAGCUGUCAGCAAGGUGCAGCUGCUGGAGGAAGGCAUUGCAGAGCGCAUCGAGGCGCUGCUGAGGUCGGAGAGCCCUCCUGUGCAGUUCAAGCUCCUCGGAACCUUAAGGAUGCUGGCAGAUGGUCAAGCUGAUGCAGCUGAAAUCCUGGGCCAAGACCCCCAGCUGCUCAGCAGGCUGGUGCAGUGGUGCAGUGCGAGCGACCACAGCGGCAUCUGCGGAGAGGCGAACCGGCUGCUGGCGUCCAUCCUGCACCACAACCGCUCCCAGGAAGUGGUCAAAGCCAUCCAGGCAGCACAAGGAGUGAAGCAUCUGGUUUCCAUGACAACAAGUGAACAUGCUGCCAUGCAGAAUGAGGCUCUGAACGCCUUGGCAAUAGCGUCUGCCAUUGAUUUAGAAACCCUCGAAGAAUCUUUUAAAGAAUCACAGCUAGUUCAAAGCUUACACAAACUUCUACGAGAUGAUAAUACAAGUCCUGAGGUGAAAUACAACUCAAUGGGCCUUUUGUGCAGACUUCUUAAUUCAGGUGAUCUGAGACAAGAAAUAGAAGAGGACAAGAUCAAAGACACUCUCGAGCAACUCUGCAGUCACAGCAAUGCAAAUGUGGCCAAGGAAGCCAUCACAACAUUGCAGGUUUUGAGAGGAGAGACACCUCACUAACCUCCCUCCU